AUGAUCACCAAAGCCAUACACAUCAAACAUGUAAGCUGCAUCAUAGUACUAGCUAUCCUCACCAGAUCAUUCUCUUCGAUUCUACUCUCCCUGUCAAAUGUACCUCUAUUCGAUACCUCCCCAUAUCUCCUGAACACCUCUUCAACCGACCGUGCCCCAAGUGCAACAUUACGAUGGGACGCCAUACAUUUCUCUUCUAUCGCCCUUCAUGGAUAUACGUACGAACAACAGAUAGCUUUUCAAUCUGGCUGGCCUAUUCUGAUGCGUCUGGCAGGAGAAGUGGUGAGAUGGUGGAGAGGAGGAGGGAUUGAUGUUGAGGAUGUUGUUUUUGGAGGGGUCGUUCUGGCCAAUUUGGCUUUUGUUGGAGCUGUCGUGAUGUUGUAUGAAUUAACAUCUCUCCUCUUCUCACCCUCAUUCGCAUUCAUCACUUCCUGUCUUUACCUCCUUCCACCUACUCCUGCCGUUUUAUCAUCAGCUUACACCGAACCUAUCUUUGCAUUCUUCACUUUCUCCGGGUAUCAUCACGCCUUGAAAAAGAACUGGUUGAUAGCUUCGUUACUGUUAGCGGGUAGUAGUAUGAUCAGAGCUACUGGGGUGUUUUCAUCCGGUGUGUUAGUUUGGUUGUAUGUUUUUCGUUCUGAUACCUCUUCCAGAGGUCCAUUUAUCAUUUUCACCCGAUUGGUCAAAGGGGGAAUCUACUCCUUAAUUAUCAUAUCGCCUUUCUUGAUCUUCCAACUCUACGCAUAUCUUUCUUUCUGCCAAAACGGUACAUCUCGACCAUGGUGUCAUUCCCAUCUUCCCAUAGCAUAUUCUUUCGUUCAAAAAGAAUACUGGAAUGUCGGUUUUCUCAAUUACUGGGAUAUCUCUCAACUCCCAAACCUUCUCAUCUCCUUUCCUGUCAUCAUCAUCAGUCUUCACCCAACUAUCAAACAUCUCUUUCAGCCUUCCACCUUGUCUUCCCGAUUAAUCCCAUUUCAUCUACAUCAUCUAAUCAUGACUUUCCUAUUGAUAUUUUCUUCCCAUACUCAGAUAUCUUUAAGGGUCAUAUCGGGUGAUCCGGUCGUUUGGUGGAACAUCGCUCAAAUGGCAUUCGGUCCAAAGGGCAUGACGAGAUGGGGAAAAGUGUGGGUUUGGUGGGUUUUGAUUUGGGGCGCGAUAUCGAUCCCUCUUUGGAAAGGACAUUAUCCUCCGGCGUAG